UACCCUAUGGGCCCCUGGGUAUUAUCUAUCAGUCUUGCUCUUGUUCAUGUCAUAAAGCAGACAGGCCACAGUCCAUGUUAAUAAGACACACACACACACACACACACACCUGUUCCAGCUGCUCUUACUCAGACGUCCUGCCCUGGUCAGGUCCAUUCUAACACAGGUAUCCAGCAGGUCACACACAUAUACACACACUCCUGCUGCCAAUAUGCCAGACAAAAAGAUGGACGAGACUAAGAAAAAGAAGAAAAAGACAGCUGAGUGUUGUGGCUAUCCAAUCAGCAUUUUCUUUAUUGUGGUCAAUGAGUUCUGUGAGAGGUUUUCAUACUAUGGCAUGCGAGCUGUGUUGGUGCUGUAUUUCCGGUAUUUUCUGCUUUGGGAUGAUGACCUUGCGACCUCGAUCUAUCAUGCUUUUGUGGCAUUGUGCUACUUGACCCCCAUCUUGGGUGCCAUCAUUGCUGAUUCCUGGCUCGGGAAGUUCAAAACAAUCAUAUACCUGUCCAUAGUGUAUGCCAUUGGCCAGGUCACCAUGGCUGUCAGCACUAUUCAUGAUAUAACAGAUGCAAACAGAGACGGCACACCGGAUAACUUCACCUUCCACAUUCUGUUUGCCAUCAAAAACCGUUUCAGGCACAGAGGCAGCAGGUAUCCAAAGAGGGAACACUGGAUGGACUGGGCUGAUGAGAAAUAUGAUAAACUUCUUAUCGCUCAGAUAAAGAUGGUGUUGAAAGUGCUGUUCCUCUAUAUCCCUCUGCCCAUGUUUUGGAUGCUGUUUGAUCAGAAGGGCUCCCGCUGGACUCUCCAAGCCACCACCAUGAGCGGAGACUUCGGAGCGUUCAUCCUGCAGCCAGACCAGGUGCAGACUGUGAACCCCAUCCUGAUCCUCACCCUGGUGCCUAUUAUGGACCGGUUAAUUUUCCCUCUCAUCCAAAAGUGUGGUCUCAAUUUCAGCCCUUUGAAGAGAAUGACGGUCGGCAUGCUGUUUGCUGCCAUGGCGUUUGUUGCUGCGGCUCUGGUCCAGAUUGAGAUUGACAAAACAUUGCCAAAUUUCCCAUCAUCCUCUGAGAGCCAGCUAAAGGUGGUGAACAUAUACAACAAAACACUGAAUGUGACCAUCUCACCCAACAAAUAUCUUCUGAUAUACUCAUUUGAGAGCAGUGCAGAUUACAUGACGCUUGACCAUCAGGACAUCACAGUGUCCUUGAACACAAACCCUGUGAUCACUAAAGCUUUCAGUUUAAUCAAGGGGGGACGCCAGACCCUGAUCAUCCCCUCUAACCCAACCCUCAUGUAUCUGCAAGAAGACGUCAAGUCCAAACCAAAAGAAGGAAAGAAUAAUGUUAGGUUUGUGAAUGGCUGGACAGCUGAUCUGAAUAUCACUAAUUUGGAUUCCAUCGAACCAUCAGCCACUUCAAACUACACACUGGUUUCUCACGGGAAGCGGGAUUUCGUGCUCAGACAUGGUGAGCAGUGGUGUGAGUUUUCUCGGAAGUUUGGAUUCGGUGCCUCAUACACCUUCCUCAUCCCUAGCACCGUGUUCUCCACUGAUUGUGAGUCUAAAACAGAAGUUGAAGACAUGAAGCCCAACUCGGUCCACAUGGCUCUGCAGAUUCCUCAGUACUUCCUCAUUACCACAGGAGAGGUCAUGUUCUCAGUCACUGGCCUGCAGUUCUCAUACUCACAGGCUCCAAAGAAGCAGGCCGGAUGGUUGUGCACUAACGCCGUGGGAAACAUCAUUGUGCUGAUUGUGGCAGAGCUGGGAAAGCUUCCCAAACAGUGGGCAGAGUAUGUGCUGUUUGCAUCGCUGCUAGUGGCUGUGAGCAUCAUCUUCUCCAUCAUGGCUUAUUUCUACACCUACAUAGACCCAGCGGAGAUCGAGGCCCAGAUCAGGAAAGAGCAAGGGCUCGAGCCAGAGGAGAAGGAGAAAGAGACACUAGAAAUGGAGGAAAAAGAUGAAGGCCAGAAAAAUGAUCAGGAGGUCAAAAAAAAACAGGAUAUAAGAUUUGUGAAGAUUAGAUUAUGUUGGAAUAUGCUAAUAUAUACCCUUUAGUUCCAUAUUUAUUAAAAUAGGUAAACAGACAUAUUUGCAUCCAUUAUGUUAAAUUCAGUGUGACUGUUGGCUGUAAAACCCCGCUGAGUGAAUCAGAUAUAGCAUGAAAAAUGUAAAAACCUUCUGUCGUGAGGAUCUUUAGAUAUGAUUUAUGAUGCAGAUGGAUUCUGGAUGCAGAUGGUGUUUUUUUGUGUGAUCAGUUGCAUCUUGUGUGAUAUUUUUUUAAGCUAAUAAACAAUACACUAUGAAACAAUGGUCUUUAGCCUUCUGAGUUUAAGUAGCAGUUACGCAGAACGUAAUCUCAUAAUGCAUUGCAACAAUCUCAGUGAAAAAAAAUAAAUAAUAAUAAUCCGAGAUGGAUAUUAUAAAUGACCAAAUGGGUGUCCAUUUGGUCCAACAUAACCCCAUGCUGAAUUAGCAUUGUGGGCUGAAAUACAAAUUGACAUCAUGACUAAACCCAAAGGCGCAGUACAUAUGAGUACUGAUGCAUUAGGACAAUAAGAAAUAUAUUAAUAUUUUAACAAAGAACCAUUUUAAAGAUUGUCUUGCAGUGAUCAACUUAUCUCAACACCUGCACUUCAAUAGAGCACAACAGUCAGUUCUGAAAGUUUAAUAUACAGCAAAGAUAUCCUGCAGAGUUCAGCUCCAAUCUCAAUUAAACACACCUCAACUAGCCAAUGGAGGUGUUCAGGGCUACUUGAUAAUGACAGACAGAUGUGUUUGAUUGGGGUUGAAACUGAAACUACAGGAAGGCUCUCCAGAAGCAGGGUUGGAGACCCCUGAUACACACUAUGCGUCUGUAGAAGCCGCUAAUGCCACAAAAUGUGAUUUUAACUUGGGCUUAGGACUGAAUUCAAGAUCAACAACUACACCACCAAUAAUCCUGAAGAGAAAUCCACCAACAAAUCUGUCAAGUUGCAUGAAUUCAGCAAAUUGAUAUUUUGAUGAAACAGUUCAACAGCAGUCUCCCACACCUGUGAAUGAUGUAACUGAUUAAAUCAAUUAAACAGUUUAAAUAAGCAUUCAUUUUCACACUGUAAAUACUCCACAAAAUAUUUAAGAUUGAUUCGACUAAUUAUAAUACAUUAAAGGAAAACAGAAAGAUCCAAUUCCUCAUUCAUACCAUCUGGAGCCAGAGAUUUAAGUUCAUAGAUCCAAACUGUAUAAUUGUGAUAAUUAUGGGAUCAUAUGUAAUUCAUGUUCUAGCUAUGGGUAUGUUACACAAUGUAUUGGUGGACGUGAAGGUAGUGUUGUAUAAAACUGGAAAUUGUCCAGCAUUUAAAUGGAAUACGUGUGUUUUUAGAGAUUGAAGAUUGGUUAAUAAAUGAUGAAGUGAAUGUAAUUAAUGAUUUAAAAAGUGGGUGGAGGGAUUGAAUUGUUUAACACACUGAAGAAUGCUUUAAGUCGGAACAUUUGUGUUCUGGCCUACUGGUGAUUAAUAUAAAAUAAAACGCUAAAUAAA